AUGGACUCGAAAUCUACAAAAGCUUCUCCAAUUCUUACUGAUCCUACACCCAUCAACAAAUCUAGACUAGGCAUCUAUUCUAGUCUAUUGCCUUACUCCCAGUCAGGACCAUCAUUCUCUACUAGCAUGCUAACAAUUCCUAGAAAGAAGCCAACCAAGCUUGAUGAUGUUCGAUCCAAUGGUUGGCUUGAUGCUAUGAAAGCUUCUUCACCUCCUCGCAAGAAGCUACUAAAGGAUUCCAAGCUUGAGGUUGCUUCAGAUGAUAGUAAUGUAGCUUACAAUUCUUGGAUGGUCAAGUAUCCAUCAGCAAUUAACUCUUUUGAGCAAAUCAUAACUUGUGCAGGGGACAAGAAGAUAGUGAUAUUUUUAGAUUAUGAUGGGACUCUUUCUCCUAUUGUAGAUGACCCUGAUCGUGCUUUUAUGUCUGCUGAUAUGCGUUCUGCUGUUAGGAAUGUGGCAAAAUAUUUUCCAACAGCAAUUAUUAGUGGAAGAAGCCGUGACAAGGUUUUUGAGUUGGUAGAACUAACAGAACUUUAUUAUGCCGGCAGUCAUGGUAUGGACAUUAUUUCCCCUGUGAGAGACAUGCUGUCCACUGAACAUUCGAAUUGUAUUCAAUCCACUGACCAGCAGGGCAAGGAGGUAAACCUUUUUCAGCCAGCCAGUGAAUUUUUACCAAUGAUCGAGGAGGUUUUUAGAGCCUUGGUUGGGAAUACUAAAGAUAUCAAAGGUGCAAAAGUUGAGAACCAUAAAUUUUGUGCCUCUGUUCAUUACCGCAAUGUAGAGGAGAAAAGUUGGCCUACAAUUGCACAGCUUGUUCAUGAUGUCUUGAAAGAUUACUCCCGAUUGCGACUAACUCAUGGGCGGAAGGUUUUAGAGGUCCGUCCUGUGAUUGAUUGGGAUAAAGGUAGAGCAGUUGAAUUUUUGCUUGAAUCUCUGGGGCUAAGUAAUAGUGAUGAUGUGCUCCCAAUCUAUAUUGGAGAUGACAGGACGGAUGAAGAUGCAUUUAAGGUAUUGCGGGCUUGCAAUCGAGGUUAUGGGAUCCUAGUAUCAUCGGCCCCAAAAGAAAGCAAUGCAUUCUUCUCACUCAAGGACACUUCAGAGGUCAAAGAAUUCCUCGAGUCCCUUGUGUAUUGGAAGGAGCAUAAUGCACUAUAACUAGAUGAAAAGGAGGAGCACAGGAUGGUCUGCAGAUAGUCCAAAUAUUAUUUAGUUUGCGUUUUAGAAGUUCGGAAUAAAGGUGAUUCAGGUGGGAGAUGCCGAAUUCAUAUGCAAUUGAAUCCCUCGAAAUCUUCCUGCUUCAAUUAUUUAUUUGUAAAGAGUAUGUAUGCAUCAGUAUCAUUUGUUGCAGCUUCAUUCUUACAAGAAAAAGUUAUGCUGCAUCAUUCCAAUUUAUUGGAAAGAUUUUAGUCUAAGUUGUCUGUCGAG